UCAGCAGCAGUGAGGUCAUUAGAACCACCACUGAUUCAGAGAAAGAGAGACAGAGGUGGAGGGCUACGGCCGAGACAGUGAUGAGAAUGUGGAGGACCAUCAAACUCCUUCCACUGUCCUUGAUGGUCCAUGUAGCAGAGGCUACAUCUGUGAGUGACCCAGUGAUCUGCUACGUCUUAGAUGCCGUUCUCCUCCUCUACUGCAUCGUCUUCACGGCGCUCUACUUCAGAGAGAAGUUUUUGAGGAGUCCAACUACGCAAGAAGAGAACAACCAGACACAGGAGGGUGAAGGGGGUACUUACGAGGCAGUGGGCACCCAGAGCAACCCAGAGACUGGGGCAGUGCGACGACAGCGGGCCCCAGCAGCAGAUGAUCACUAUGCGGCUCUGCAGCACCGGACGGGAGACACCUACGCACAAAUCCAGAACAAGAAGAAGAAGAAGGAUGCCCAAGCAAGCAGGACCCAAUUGUAUGAGUCUCUCCAACAGACAAGUGCAGAUACUUACAACUCACUGGAGAUGAGGCCUCUUCCACCCCCGCAUCCACCAAAAUGAGCUGGUCGUCCUCUUGAUUCAACUGUGUAGGUUUGAUUUUAAAAUGGGAGGGGGACAUACAUUUGUCUGCAUCACCUACAAACAACAUCUUGAUAAUUCACCUUUUUGAGUCAGGUUCUUCAUCAAUUUAUGAUAAUUUCAUAUAAUUCAACAGAAAUAUUGGUCAAACGUAUUCCUUUAACCUUGAAAUGCCAGUCAUUUCUCUAAUUUACUGAAUACCUCUGUAAAAUGUCCACUGUUUGCUAGUACUGUCCAUCUGUCUCCAUAAUUCACUAGGCCUAUACAGUUGAAUUUACAGUUUGAUGAAGAACAAUUGAAUUUAUAUCAUGCAAGGCUUUGCACUGAUGACCAUCUCUUACAGUCAGGGUUGGGUCAGAUUACUUUGAAAUGUAAUCCAUUACUGACUACAGAUUACAUGGCAAUUUUUGUAAUCAAUAACGUGAACACACGACAUACACAUUCUUAUUUCCCAAUCUUUAAUUCAGAUGCAUUCAGUUGGUGAUAUUGCCAGGUAGGCCUACAGAACACAUUUUUCCUGAUUGAAACAGGUCUAUCGUUCGACGUCGACGGCUCCAUAGACAUUAGAAAGCUAGAUACUGCAUUGGGCUCCAAAACGUAUGUAAAUAGCACCGCCAUAUUGGUGGGGGCAACAAUCACUGGAGGCCAAUGGAGAAACAUGUGACUGACUGGAAAUCAGACAGGUGUCUCUGAUUGCCGGCAAGUGUUGCCCCCAGCAAUAUGGCGGCCGCGUUUACGUAUGGCACCUAAUAGAACUCGACGGACAAUGCGGUAUCUAGCUUUCUAAUAUCUAUGGACGGCUCUUCCAUCUUGGGUUUUGAUUUGAACCUUUUUCUUGUCAAGAAACUACACAGGCAAUUGGAUGAUAGUGACAUCUAGUGAACAAACAAACCUAUAAUCUAAUUACACAUUUUUUUUUAAUUGUAAUCUGGGUUGAUUAUAGUUACUUGAUUUUUGUAAUCUGAUCACAUAAUCCAGAUUACAUGUAAUCCAUUACUACCCAACCCUGGUUACAGUUUAACCCACUUAGCUCCUUGACUAUUUACUACCUUUAUGUUUAAGCUCUUAUCUUGGCCCAUCUAAGCAUGCGUUUCAGGUUAGGCUACCAUCUGGUCUUUAUUCACCGAAGACCAGUUACUGGAACGUUGAAUAAAGUAUACAACCCGUGUUUGCAUAUGUGCAGAUGUCAUGUAGCCCAAUGUUGAUCUGUGCAUGCUUUGAUAUGGAAAGCAAAUAAACCACCUUUUAUAAUCUUGA